AGCGGGGCUUGAGCGGGGCCGUGUCCGCGGGGCCCCCGCCCGCCCCGGGCCAUGGAGCCGGGCCCCGCGCGGCGCUGGCAGAAGGUGCUGUACGAGCGACAGCCCUUCCCCGAUAACUACGUGGACCAGCGGUUCCUGGAGGAGCUGCGGAAGAACGUGCACGCCCGGCAGUACCGCUACUGGGCCGUCGUCUUCCAGUCGGGAGCGGUGGUGCAGCAGCUGUGCAGCGUCUGCGUCUUCGUGCUCACCUGGUGGUACAUGGACGCCGGGAUGCUGAGCCCGCAGGGGCUUUUCGGGGCGGCCCUGCUCUCCUCGCUGCUCGGCUACGUCCUGUUCGACGCCGUGGACGGCGGGGCUGGGCGGUGGGAGAGCGGGCGGACGCGCUGGGCUGACCUCAAGAGCACGCUGGUGUUCACCGCCUUCACCUACGGCUUCUCGCCCGUGCUGAAGACACUGACCGAGUCCAUCAGCACGGACACCAUCUAUGCCAUGUCGGCCCUCAUGCUCCUGGGCCACCUCAUCUUCUUCGACUACGGCGCCAACGCCGCCAUCGUGUCCAGCACGCUGUCCCUCAACAUGGCCAUCUUCGCCUCGGUGUGCUUGGCCUCCCGCCUUCCCCGCGCCCUCCACGCCUUUGUCAUGGUCACCUUCGCCAUGCAGAUCUUCGCCCUCUGGCCCAUGCUGCAGAAGAAGCUGAAGGCCCGGACGCCGCGGUGUUACGUGGGGGUGACGGUGCUGUUUGCGCUGGCGGCGCUGGCAGGACUGGCCACCAUCUCCAGCGUGGGUGCCGUGCUCUUCGCCUCGCUGCUGCUCACCAUCUCCUGCCUCUGCCCCUACUGCCUCAUCCGCCUCCAGCUGCUCAAGGACAACAUCCACGGGCCGUGGGAUGAGGCUGAAAUCAAGGAGGACCUCUCCAGGUUCCUCAUGUAGGCCUGGCCUGGAGGGUCCCUCUGCUGUGAGCAGUACAAAGGUCCUUGCUGGGGGACAGCCCUGGGGAGGAGAACACCUGACUCAAUAAAGCCUCUCACACAGCAGCAAGGACCAUG